AUCAAACAGAUUCGGUUUGGCUGUUUGAAUCUUUGUACAUUAAGUUUAUGUAAGUCAAGAGUUUAAAGUUGUUGCCAAGUCUGCGGGUUGAUUUCCACCCCCGUGCGUACGAUUUCGGCGCUCCACACACUCAAAACAUCCCCCAGACUAACAAAUUCAAUGAAGAAUUCGUCCGCCCGACGAAGAAUAUCGCAUUGGGCUAUUUUUGACUGGCCAUUAGGCUACUUUUGUUGCGCAGACCUGGCAAGCUGGCAACCCUGGUUGCACACGAGUUGUUGUACCACGUGGUUUUUGACGUUGAGAAAACAGCACAUCUUACAAAACAUUGUCCUGACCCGCCGUGCAUUCUGCAAACCAGGAACAUGGCAUGGAGGGGUUGCUUUAUGAAAUGUGCCAAAAUAAACAAUAUACCUGCACAAUUCUUGUGUCCAAAAAGCUCAAGAUUAACCAUCCAUCCUCAGCAAAGAUGUGGCUUCAGGAAAGCUCAGAGACAAUCAGAGAAAAAAAGAGGUCUGCGAGAGGAGACUGAUGCAGGUGAAGCAGAAGGACAAAAGCAUGCUGUGCCACCCCUGCCAGGGAAACCACCCAGAAAACCAGAUAGACUCUUCAGACCACUGGUGUUCACAGUGGGGGCUGUUCCAACACCAUUUCAGUUUACAGGCUGCUCCUUUGGCACGGCUGCCAUCUUGCAGUAUGAAUCAGUAAAGUCACGAGUGCAAAUGGCCAUGGAGGAGGCCAAAGAGAAGCGGGAUAAACUCAGAGAGGGUCAUAAUACAACAUACUGGCAUAACUGGUGGAAUCAGCUGUCACACUUCCAGAAGCAGGUGAUUCUGGUCAUGUCUGUGGUCGAUGAUUGGUGGAGUGGGCUCAGUGAAGGACAGAAGACGGUCACAGGUAUCGUAGCUCUAAACACUCUGAUUCUGUGUUGUUGGAGAAUUCCUUCAAUGCAACGCUCUUUGGUCAAGUACUUCACAUCUAACCCUGCCUCCAAGACACGUUGCCUUCCCAUGGUUCUCUCUUCUUUCAGCCAUUACUCCAUCAUUCACAUGUUGGCCAACAUGUAUGUGCUAUGGACCUUCUCUACUAGCAUUGUCUCUCUGCUUGGGAGAGAGCAGUUUUUGGCCCUUUAUCUGUCUGGAGGUGUUAUCUCGACAUUUAUCAGUUACGUGUUUAAGACAGCUACUGGUCUACUGGGCCCUUCGCUUGGAGCGUCGGGGGCCAUCAUGACGGUACUGGCAGCAGUCUGCACCAAGAUACCUGAAGCUAAGCUGGGCAUCGUCUUGCUUCCUAUGAUCAACUUCACUGCAGGAAAUGCUUUGAAAGCGCUUCUUGCUUUGGAUACAGCUGGUCUUCUUUUGGGCUGGAGGUUUUUUGAUCAUGCGGCCCAUCUUGGUGGGGCUCUGUUUGGAGUGUGGUACAUUGUAUAUGGUAAUCAAAUGAUCUGGAGGAAGCGUGAGCCACUGGUAAAAUUUUGGCAUGAACUAAGGAACAAGCCAACCAGCAGACCCCGACCAGGUGGAGGUGGUGGUCAAGUUUAGGAUUAUUCAGAUACCUCAAGGUCACUCUUAUUUUAGAAACUGAAAUUUCAUUCAACAUACUGACUGACUGACAUAAAUUCAAAGGAUUAGUGCAGAGGCUUAGUGUACAUGUGUCAUGUUCCCCCCUUUCUCUCCCUUCACCUUCUUGUCUCAAGAAUGUCCUAUCAUUAAAGGCAAAAAGGUCAUAAGAAGAAGCCUAUAAAAAGAAUUCUCAUUACGUUUCACAGCAGCAGUAUUUUCUGAGGACAAAGGCAUUGAUCGCCACAUGGAGCUUAGUAUGUUUUGUGUAUAAUGAGGUCUGAGACCAUAUAUAAAAUCUGGGAUUCAAUGUAAAAAAAAAUGUUUAAAGUGCCCCUAUUAUGCUUUUUUGAAUAUUACCUUUCAUGCAAUGUGUAAUGUAGCUGUUUGUGAAUGUAAACGACCUGCAAAGUUGUGAAGCCGAAAGUGCACGAUAAAUAAAGGUAUUGUCGAAAGAGUCAACUCUGAACCACUUAAACGAAUCGUUAGGGAUAUUGUCUUACUGAAAUACUUCUGCAAAUCAGCUGUGUGUAAGACUGAUGCUGGACUGUCUAGACCAAGAGAGGGUUACUCUUUGAGAAAACAAAGGAAAUUAACAUUUGAACUCUCUCUUGCAAAAUUAGCACCCCCAUCCGAGACGCAAUCACACCGAGUCAAUCACCUCAGCAUUGCCUUAAUCUACAUUUCCUUUAGUUCCAAAUCCCCAUUGUGAACUCAUGUUUCCAUUUGAAAGAAGUUUCUGUCUUGGUCUGAGUAUUUAAAGAGAUGUUGCAGGAGGCUCAGGGCGCGAUUCUGUAAUCAGAUCAGCCCACAUUGCUGAGUGUCCUUCAGAUACUCAGCCAUGUGUAUUUUCCUAAUGUCAGGUAUGCAUCUUUUACUCUGUUUCUGAGCAUCUGAUGUUUUGUAUUGAUCAUCUUUGAAUUGGUUAUGUAAUUGGCAUUAUACAUUUACCUGACUAAUAAAUUGUUAUAUUUGACUUUA